AUGCUUCGCCGCAGCAUCUUCGCCUUCCGCAAGCCCUUCAUAUCUCGCUCUCUCAUCUCGCCCUUUUCAUCAUCUACUUCCAACAUGAGCUCACCUAAAGACGAUUCAUCCCCUUCAACAGAGCCUUCAUCUCGCAAUGCUCUCCCUGCUCCCGGUUCAAAUACUGAAAACGUCACAACCCUCGACGUCAGCGGCUCAGGCACAACCGUCAAACUAGACGCCCUCGGCCCCAUGGUCGUCAACGUCGACGGCACAAUGUCCCGCAUCUCCAACUGGGAUAAGAUGGCAGACAUCGAAAAGGAAAACACCCUUCGCAUCAUCGGCAAGCGGAACCAGCAACGCUUGGCAGCCCUGCGAAAGGCCCGUGGCAUCAGUGAAGGGAGCAAUGACAGCAUAGGCGCUAGUGGCAAUCACGACACUUCAGGCAAACAAUAG